UAAGUGAAAAAUAUUUUUUCUAGUCUGAAGUGAGACUUUGUGGGACAUUUGUUUUACUGUUGCAGUUUAGUGACACUCAAAUACAUGUGCAGAGAUGUUAUGGGGAAUUGUAGCAGGAGUUUUUCUUUUGAUUUUCUUAUGUUUGGGAAGAAGACUGCUCUGCAGUAAGAUUAAGUCCGGAACUGUGUUCAGCACUGGAAAACAUGGAAAUACAAAGGAGGAAGAGGAUGAGGAAGAUGAUGAUUUUGGUCUCCUGCAAUACAGCGAGAAAGUCCAAGGUGGUUCACCACUGAUCUGCAAGUCCUCUGCUCUGGCUACUUACCUGCUUGACACCUGCCCUGCUUUUUCAGAAACUACUGGCUCAGGCUGGUCCCAGAUAAUCUGGGCUCAUCUACAUACUAUUCUCAAUUUGUUUUUCCCCGUUGAGACCGAAAUUGAAAUUGCCAGAGAUCACCUGCAGCUCCUGGACCAAGGUAUUGUGUCACUGGACUGGGUAGUGGGACCCCAUCCACCAAGCAAAAGUCGGAGAGCCACCAACAUUUUCCCUUCCCCUCCAAUCCUACUCAUUAUUCCCAACUCAUUUGGUCGAAUCACAAGGAAUGUGCAGCAGCUAUGCAGUCUAGCAAUGGAACAAGGUUACUAUCCAGUUAUCUUCAACAGAAGGGGACAUAACAGGUGCCCACUGACCACCCUGAAACUGCAAGAGUUUGGUGACCCAUCAGACCUUCAAGCAGCCAUUUCCUACAUCAGAUUUCGACAUCCCAGUUCUAAGAUAUUUGCAGUCAGUGAAAGCUCAGGAUCUGGUCUGCUGCUGUCCUACAUGGGUGAAUGGGGUUCUUCAACCUAUGUGACUGGGGCAGUCUGCAUCUCCCCAAUCUUCAGAUGCCAGGAAUGGUUUGAAUCCAGAAUGUUAUGGUUCUACAGAUGGACUAUACUUCUUUAUCAAAAAUUCUGUCACAGCAGGUAUGCUACAGUGCUAGGAGACAUCAUCUAUACAGAGAGGUUGUUCCACAGCAGCUCACUCUGGGAAUUUGAGGAGCUUCUUUUCUGCCAUACGAAAAGAAAAGCUGUGAGCUGGCAAUCUUACUGGGAGAGGAAUGAGCCACUGAGGGAUGUGGAUGAAGUUGCCGUUCCAGUUCUGUGCAUCUGCAGUAAAGACGACCCAAUAAGAGGAAAUGUUGACAGUACUCUGCCGCUGGAGCUUUUCAAAACCAAUCCAUAUCUCUUCCUCUGGCUAACUAAACAUGGGGGUCAUUGUGGCUUUAUUAGCCAAGAUUCCACAAUAUGGAGUCACCGGGCUACCCUUCAGUUCUUCAAAUCAGUCACAGAGUUCUUCCGAAUGGAGGAGAGAAGACUAUCAGGUCCUAGAAGAAGCUCAGUUCUACUAUAUAGACAAAGGAGAGGAACACUUCAGAAAAGGGAGCGUGCCUAUUCCAGCAUUAACAUCUUCAACUGGCAAAGAUCAUAUACCAGGUGAUGGAAAGAAGCAAUAGCAAAACAAAGUUUUUUGUUUAAUUUUCGGUCGGAAGGCUGGGCCAGGGGUUUUCAGCUACAAACUGUUACAGCAGAGUUGAGAAAAAUAUUACACAGAGUUGUACCAAAAUGAAACAACCCACUAUUGUUAAAGAGAUGUACUGCACCUCUGUAUUUAACUAUUACUUUUUCCUGGGGAGGGGGAGUCUGUUUUUGUUGCAUUUUACAUCUUAUAAACACAUAUCCAAAGGCUCAUGCACUGUAUUAUCAACAUUAAAACAAUUAACCUUUAUUAUAUGAAGGAAGUCUUGCCAUAAGUGUCUUAAACUGCACUAAAAAUGUUGAAGUUACUGAAUCAUUCAAUGAACAGAUUUUCUUCCCGUUACAACAGUUAGAAUACCUGAACUUCAAGUCUGAAGCAGACUGGACUUUUAAAUUAAAAAUGAACAAAUAAUGGAA